UUUGCCCCACCUCAUUAACACGGCCUUAAAUAGAUAUUUAAAACAAGUGAAACAUGGUUUGUUGUCCAUUUUUAGCUGCCCCUGUUUGCUAUUUGUUCAAUGACCCUGUACCAUUGUACUAUACGUUCAGAGCGUUCUACUUGCGUUACUGGUUUAGAUUGCAUGUCAUAAGCUCACACCCGCAAAGCAUACUUGGACUAUGUAUUUUGUUCCAGCGGCUUUUGCAAAGACACGAGACAAAGAUUUGGUCGCAUUUUAUGAGCCACAACAUUCACCCCAUCAGAGUGGUAUUCAAAUGGCUCAUGAAGGGAUUCAGUGGGCAUUUACUUCCAGAACAGUUACUUAACCUGUGGGAUAUGGUUAUAGCUUACGAUUCCCUGGAAGUAUUACCACUUUUGGCAGUUGCAAUUUUAAGUUUCAGAAAAGACAAUUUGCUUCAAGUAAACACUUUACAAAACAUAGAUUCUGUUUUGGUYGAUUUAUCAUCMUUAAACGUAAUAUCUUUGCUACAGUUAGCACUAAAAGGACCAAUAAAAAUGUAA